UCUCUCCUUCGCAGCGAAGGACUUCAUGAUCAUCUGCAGCCCCCCGCCCGCCCCUCGCUUGUCAUUCCAAGCACUGUCGCGUAGGAAUUCGACGGAUGUUCUGCUGUUUCGCCCUUCUCCGUGCUGUGUUGCUGUGAUGGGUGGAAAUUAGUGGAGGCGCUGUGGAUUGAGGUAGAUUGAUAUUGGGGGUGGAGUCACAGCACUCUGAGACAUGCUUAAAUAGACGAAUUGCUUGCAUGAAAACCAUAGGGGUUCAGAUGGAACAGAAUCGUAAUUACAAUAGCAGUCGUGCUGGGGGCGCAUCAGAUGGUGGAGAUGCAGUGAUGGUCCGCUGGUUGCAGACAGCCGGGCUCCAGCAUUUGACAACUUCUUUAUCAGCGGCAGCCCUUGAUCAUCAGAUACUUCCCUCUCUGCUCAUGCAGCUUUUGCAGACUCUGUUUCUCGCUGUUCCACCUGUAGUGCGCACAAACCUGGAAGUUUGAUGAUUUGAGAUAUAUUUGUCCAUAUGUUAGACAACAUGUUUUGAAAGGAAUAUGGCAGAUAUGGAGCUCAAUCGUUAGAAGAGAAGCAGAAAUUGUUCAAAUUGGUCAAGUCAAUUGGUAGUGGUGCGGAAUCAGCAUCUGAGUCCUCGACCCCACCUGUUUUCUCUUUUUCAGCAAGUCAAAGUGGGAUGGACGGUUAUUUUCCUCCGGAACUAAGGGGUGACUUCAAUGCCGGGAUAUUAGAUCUGCACUCUAUCGAUGACACCGAAUUUUUCCCCGAGAUGAUGUGCAGGUUCUUAAUCUGGCGGACUUGUACUUGUUUCCACUUGUACUUCUCUUGCAGAUUGCAAUGGCAGAGCCGUUUCAAUCGUCACCAUCAUUUGUUCCUGUUGUCGAGAAAGGAUUUGAGCCUGAUAUAUCAUCGAAUAGCUUUAAAGGCCGGAUGCAGGGAUUAUCACAGAGCAGCCCUCUUAGAUCUUCUUCGAAUGAGAGGGACAAAACUGGGAACAACAGUAAUCUUGCAAGGAUCCGAGUUGUGGUUCGCAAACGCCCCCUAAACAAGAAAGAGCUUUCACGAAAGGAGGAAGAUAUCAUCACUAUAAACGAUGUGGAGAGCUCCCUCACUGUUAACGAGCCUAAAGUGAAGGUGGACCUUACUGCGUAUAUUGAGAGACACGAAUUUGUAUUUGAUGCUGUUUUGAAUCAACAUGUCAGCAAUGAUGAGGUGUAUCGUUCUACCGUUGAGCCCAUCGUACCCACUAUCUUCAACCGCACCAAAGCAACCUGCUUCGCUUACGGACAAACAGGAAGUGGUAAGACUUAUACGAUGCAGCCUUUGCCUCUUAGAGCAUGCCAAGAUAUUAUGAGCAUCAUGCAGCAGCCUAGUCAUCGCAACCAGGGCCUUCAAUUGUGGCUUAGUUUUUUUGAAAUUUACGGUGGAAAACUUUAUGAUCUUCUCAACGAAAGGAGGAAGCUUUGCAUGCGUGAGGAUGGUCGCCAGCAAGUCUGCAUUGUUGGUCUGAAAGAGUUUCGCGUAUCAGACGUUGAGUUGGUUAAGGAGUAUAUUGACAAAGGCAACGCAUCUCGGAGCACUGGCUCUACUGGUGCCAAUGAGGAAUCUUCUAGGUCUCAUGCUAUUUUACAAUUAGUUGUCAAAAAGGCCCAGGAAGGAAAGGAAGUUAGUCGAGUAGUUGGCAAAAUUUCAUUUAUUGAUCUGGCUGGCAGUGAGCGUGGUGCGGAUACUACUGAUAAUGACCGUCAGACAAGAAUGGAAGGAGCAGAGAUCAACAAGAGCUUGCUGGCCUUGAAGGAGUGUAUCAGGGCGCUUGACAAUGACCAAGGUCACAUCCCUUUUCGUGGAAGCAAGCUAACAGAGGUCCUCCGUGAUUCUUUCGUGGGUGAUUCGCGCACAGUGAUGAUCUCUUGUAUAUCUCCAAACGCAGGAUCUUGCGAACACACACUGAACACGCUCAGAUAUGCAGAUAGGGUAAAGGGUUUGUCCAAGAACAGCAAUUCCAAAAGGGAUCCGAACUCAUCAACGUCGGUGCCUAGAGAAUCUGCUUCAUCUCCUCCACCUCUGUCGUCAGCAGCUCCAGUUGCCCUACAAUUGUUUGAGUUUGGACAAGAUAGUAGACUUGUAGAAAAUGGUAGACGCCCACCCCUUGAUCCAGGGCGGUAUUUGCAGCAGGGUGAGAGGGAACUUUGCGAUCAAUCCAUAGAGUAUAGCUACUCAGGAAGAGAACUCAGUAGGGUGAAUUCAAUUGGGAAUGAUAGGGAUGGACAAAGAUUAACAGAUACAAGCGAAUUAAGUGCGAUUGACGAACCGCAGGAGGUCGACAGGACUCAGGGAAUUUUUUCAGCACGACGCAAAAUUGGCAGGGAGGCAAAGUUUGACCGUCCAUCUAUUCGUGAUGAACUUCAUAAAUCUGACGGUGUUUUCAAACGCCAGACUGAAAACAAUCGCGAUGAGCUAUUAAAGCCUGAUGGAAGCUCCAGGCAUCAGUAUGACGGCAAUCGCGAGGAGGCGUCAAAACCGGAUGGAAAUUCAAGGCGUCAAUUAGAUCAAAUCCCAAACACCCUCACACUCGCAAAAGCCGAACCAGAAGUCAUUCCUGCGCAAUACAAUCGCGAAGGCCACAUCAAUGCUAUUCUUGAGGAAGAGGAAGAGGUGAUAUCAGCCCAUCGAAAGGAGGUUGAGGAUACUAUGGAGAUCGUACGAGAGGAGAUGAAGUUGCUCGCUGAGGUAGACCAACCUGGCAGCCGGAUAGACCGGUAUGUUUCUCAGCUAAAUUAUGUUCUCUCUCGCAAAGCUGCUGGUAUUGUUAACCUUCAAGCUCGACUGGCAAGAUUCCAACGGCAUAUGAAAGAACAGGAAAUCUUGAGCCGCACUAGUGGGCUUCGGCAAAUGUAACCUCGCAGGUUCCGUUUCAGGAGCUAUAAUUUUCUUCGUGGUCUGGCAUGCCUUUUGUCCGACGUUCUCUCCCACAUGUUCUAGAGAGGACGUGAAUCUGGCUAGGGGUCUUGAAACAAGGCAUGAUGCUGGGAUAUUAAGUAAAAGGUUGUGGGCUUUUGGACAAGGUGAUUGAACUGGACCAAGAGCGUCGUUUGUAGGCCUAUAGUCUGGCCCGAAUGGUGACAUAGCUGUUGAGGUCACAGUAGUUUGCAGUACCUCUGAAGGUGUCCGUUGAACCUGCCCACGGAGCACAUCGAAGUUCUUACAUUCAGCCACGUAGCUUGUACUUAAAAGUAGCCAAACUUUAUGUUUGUAACAUACAUUAAAACAAAACCUCAUUUACUGCUACGCUUUUCGCGAUCCUUCUGUUACUUGUCGAGACCGGCAAUUUGUUCCCCUAAAGUCUGGAAGUGAGACUUGUCAUUUAUGGAACUCCUACAUGUGUAGGAACAGUUUUUUAACAAAUA